CACCCAGGUAACCAGAGGACAUAUUCAGCUACUAUGAACAGAUGGACAAGGAGGAAGAGGAGGAGGAGGAGACGCAGACCGUGUCCUUCGAGAUCCGACAGGAGAUGAUUGAAGAGCUUCAGAAGAGGUGUAUUAAUAUGGAGUAUCCUCUACUGGCCGAGUACGACUUCCGCAACGACACGGUGAACCCUGACAUCAACAUGGACCUGAAGGCCACAGCUGUACUCAGGCCUUACCAGGAGAAGAGCCUCCGCAAGAUGUUUGGUAACGGCCGUGCCCGCUCGGGAGUCAUCGUACUACCUUGUGGUGCGGGGAAGUCUCUAGUAGGGGUAACGGCAGCCUGUACGGUCCGUAAGCGCUGCCUGGUCCUGGGGAACAGCUCUGUGUCAGUAGAACAGUGGAAGGCUCAGUUUAAGAUGUGGUCGACCAUCGACGACUCUCAGAUCUGCCGCUUCACCUCAGAUGCCAAGGACAAGCCGAUUGGCUGCUCGGUGGCCAUCAGUACAUACAGCAUGUUGGGGCACACCACCAAGAGGUCUUGGGAGGCAGAGCGAGUGAUGGAAUGGAUGAGGUCCCAGGAGUGGGGUCUCAUCAUCCUGGACGAGGUGCACACCAUCCCUGCUAAGAUGUUCCGUCGGGUUCUGACCAUUGUCCAGGCCCACUGUAAGCUGGGUCUGACCGCUACGCUGGUCCGAGAGGACGACAAGAUCGUUGAUCUCAACUUCCUGAUUGGGCCCAAGCUGUUCGAGGCUAACUGGAUGGAGCUCCAGAACAACGGGUACAUCGCUAAGGUCCAGUGUGCCGAGGUGUGGUGUCCGAUGUCUCCGGAGUUUUACCGGGAAUACGUGGCCAUCAAGACGAAGAGACGUAUUCUCCUCUACACCAUGAACCCCAACAAGUUCAGAGCCUGUCAGUUCCUCAUCAAGUUCCACGAGAGACGCAACGACAAGAUCAUGGUGUUCGCCGACAACGUCUUCGCUCUGAAGGAGUACGCUAUCCGCCUCAACAAGCCCUACAUCUAUGGCCCCACCUCUCAGGGAGAGAGGAUGCAGAUCCUACAGAACUUUAAACACAACCCCAAGAUCAACACCAUCUUCAUCUCCAAGGUGGGCGACACGUCCUUUGACCUCCCGGAGGCUAAUGUUCUGAUCCAGAUCUCCUCUCAUGGAGGUUCUCGUAGACAGGAGGCUCAGAGGCUGGGCAGGGUGCUGCGAGCCAAGAAAGGUAUGGUCGCGGAGGAGUAUAAUGCCUACUUCUACUCGUUGGUGUCUCAGGAUACUCAGGAGAUGGCCUACAGCACCAAGAGACAGAGGUUCCUAGUGGACCAGGGAUACAGCUUCAAGGUCAUCACUAAAAUGGCGGGGAUGGAGGAGGAUAAUCUGAUGUUCUCCUCCAGAGAGGAGCAGUAUCAGCUGCUCCAGAAGGUUCUGGCGGCUACAGACCUCGACGCAGAGGAGGAAGUGGUCAUCGGAGAGAAUGGACGGCCAAUGUUCCAGCGGAGGCCUGGUACCAUGAGCUCCAUGUCCGGGGCUGAUGAUUCCGUCUACAUGGAGUAUCGCUCUAGAGGCAGCCGGGCCCACCUGGGUAACAACAUCCACCCGCUCUUCAAGCGCUUCAGGAAGGGCCCGUAGGUCUCUGCUCUAAUCUGCUGCACUACAUAGGGAAUAAGGCGUUACUGUGGGAUGCUGCCGGGGUGUUAUGGAAGGGAUUCCUAGACUCGGAUCAGGCGAGAGGUAACCGCUAUAGACCCUGGUAGGACGAACGUGUUCCCUGUGUGUUUCAGAGAGAACCCAGUUCUGCAUCGCCACCAUCACCUCAGUUCUAGGGGUUUUUAGUUCUUCAGAGAGGGAUACUAAAUGUGGUCUUUUAUCUUUCUCAUGUUUCAUUCGUGUGUUUUUGUUUUUUUGUCUUGACAUUGUUUCCAUGAAAUGCAUUUGAAAUAAAAACAGGAAUCUUU